UCUUAUAGGCGGCAAAAUGUGCUGCGGUUUUAAUAUAGCUUGUUGCACUAAACCUCGCGAGGAAAAUCCAUUCGCUAAUCCUAAGGUUAAGCGUCGGUUUAUUUGGAGAGUGUUGCUCAUAUUGGAUGGAUCCCUGAUAUUGACCCUCAUUCCAAUGUUCAUCUUCCAGUGCUACCCACCAGCCCUUUCUUAUAUUGCCGGUACAUCGUGGCUCCUUGUCAUUCCAGCCCUUAUUGCAUUUAUAAUAGUUCAGGCCUUCUUGUGCUUCGCAAUGAAACUUCUCCAAAAAAGGCCCGUCAAGAUUAUAUUCUUCAUUAUAUGGAUCAUUGUCCAUACCAUCUUACUAACCGCGGUGGCAGUUUGGUUUAAACCGUGGGUUGUUUUGAUACCUUGCGGAAUUUUGACGUUUGUGAUCCUGGCUAUGGUCUUAUAUUCGAGAUUUGUUCCCUGCCAGAUCGGCCAUAAAAUUCCGUUAGCCUACCUCGUUGCAGCCGGACUAGUUGUCAUCAUACAUGCCAUCCUUUUAGGUUUUUUAUUCAAGCGUUUCUGGUUUCACAUAAUGGUUGGCUUCUUCGUAGUGCUCAUUUGUAUAAUGGUAGUGUUGCUGGAUAUUGAUCUAAUAGUUCGCGAUAAGACACGUCACAAGUUCGGAAAGCAUGAAUACAUUGUGGCUUCCAUGAUCAUUUUGCGUGACGUUAUAUGGAUCGUUAUCAUAGUUAUAAUAAUAGUAUUAGCUACCUCAAAUUGCAAUUGCAGUGGAGAUGAUAGUGAUCAUGAAAGUCAUGGAAGUGCCUCUAGUGGUUCUUCUGCUUCUAGUGGAAACGGAGGUUCCUCUUCUUAAAUUUAUAUGGUGUA